AACUAAGUGCUCUGUUCAGAGAAACCUCAGCAAGUCACGAGAGGCAAGGAACACAAAAGUAAACUCCAGAGUCUACAAUGCUGCCACCCUUCUGGGAUCUGUAGGACGGGCAAGGGGCCGUGAGAGAGAGAAAAACUGAUCUCAAGAGCAUCCAGAGUCCGUGGUCUCGAGGAAGAUCAGACCAAGACCCAAGCAAAGACAUCCCAAAAGUACUACAUCCUGCAGCCAGCUUUGCCCUUCAGUCCUCAAUGGCAAGAAUCCCAACUCCAACCACUCUGGCCAUUCUCCUGACUUGCCUCUUCUCUGGGGCACGUGGCCAGACCCCAGACACCUUCCAGGUGAGCUCCAUCCCCUUUGAGGCACUCAGCCAGGAGCAGGCUUACAGCCUGGUGCAGCCCAGCCUGUUCCAGGAUGCCAAAGCACCCAACUACUCAGAAAGUCUUCCCAAGAGCAGCGGUUCGGAGCCACCUCUGCUGCCCGUCUGUGCGAAGCCUGCAGAUAUCAGGCACAUCUUCAAGUACAUCAACACCAUUGUGUCCUGCACCAUCUUCAUAGUAGGGAUCAUUGGGAACUCCACACUCCUCAGGAUCAUUUACAAGAACAAGUGUAUGAGGAAUGGGCCGAAUGUUCUCAUUGCUAGCUUGGCACUUGGAGACCUUCUCUACAUUCUCAUUGCUCUGCCCAUCAAUGUGUAUAAGCUCUUGGCAAAGGACUGGCCCUUCGGUGUGCAGGUGUGCAAGCUGGUCCCCUUCAUCCAGAAGGCUUCAGUGGGCAUCACAGUCCUCAGCCUUUGUGCCCUCAGCAUCGACAGGUAUCGAGCAGUGGCCUCCUGGAGUCGGAUCCAGGGCAUAGGAAUCCCCAUGUGGAAAGCAGUGGAGGUGACACUGAUCUGGGCAGUGGCCAUUGUGCUUGCAGUCCCUGAAGCCAUAGCCUUUGACAUGGUAGAGAUCAACUACUGGGACCGAGACCUGUGGGUGUGCAUGCUUGCCUCCGAACAGAAAUCCAGCUUCAUGAUGUUCUACCGUGAUGUGAAGGACUGGUGGCUUUUUGGCUUCUACUUCUGCCUCCCUUUGGUAUGCACUGGCAUCUUCUACACCCUCAUGUCAUGUGAAAUGCUGAGCAAGAGAAAUGGCAUGAGAAUUGCUCUGAAUGACCACAUGAAACGGCGUCGGGAGGUGGCCAAGACUGUCUUCUGCCUUGUGGUGAUCUUCGCACUCUGCUGGCUGCCGCUCCACCUCAGCCGUAUCCUCAAAAAGACCAUCUAUGAUCAGACAGACCCCAACAGAUGUGAGCUGCUCAGUUUCCUCCUCGUCAUGGAUUACUUUGGGAUCAACAUGGCCUCUCUGAAUUCCUGCAUCAAUCCUGUGGCUCUCUACUUUGUCAGCCGAAAAUUCAAGAACUGCUUCCAGUCCUGCUUGUGCUGCUGGUGCCAGAGACCCGCUCUGAGCAUCACACCAACAGAUGAGAAGGGCUCUGUGGGGAAGUGGAAAGCCAAUGGGCAGGAGCUUGGACUGGACCGGAGCAGCUCCCGCUUGAGCAACAAGUACAGCUCUUCCUAAGCAGAGAGGAGAAGACACUGAGACAAGAUGGAAAUUUGCUCCAGGCUCUCCACUCAGGGAUGGCAUUCAACCUGCCUGUCUAUGGCACAAGAAGGUGACUGAAUGCAUGGGACAGCACAGCUUAGGAGUCCAGGUAUCCUCGGCAGAAGCCAGUGGCAGCAUCCAGCCAAACCACCUGCUCCAAAUUCCCCCUCCCCAGUUCCUGGAACCCCAGCACUUCUUGGCCACAGCUCCGUGACACCAAGGUUCAGGUUAUUUCUAAGGAGGAUGCAGAUUCUGACCCUCAGGGUCAAGCUAAGGUGGAAAAUACAAUGGGGAAGACCUGCCCUCAGCUGAAGUUGCUGCUGAAACUAACCAGAAUAUGGCAAAGAGCCCUCACAAAUUUAAAGUGAUUAGACCCCAAAUGCCUUCUCCAGCAUGACUUUCUAACAAUCAUGCUUGCACCCCUUGCCAAAACCUCAAGAAAAUCUGCAUGAGAACGUGUUAUUUACCAGGUUUUUGAUAAUUUUCCUGUUGUGUUUUUCUUCUCUCUUAUGCCCCCUUUUCCUUUCCUCUUUCCCCUUUUCACGGGGGAAAAAAAAGAUAAAAAAAGAGGGAGAAAAGGCUUGUAAAUAAAGCGGAACCCUUUCCAGGUGACACUGUAUUUUAGUGAAAGCAAAGCUAGAAAGAAAUAUUUUAGAAACAAAUCAUAUUUUUGAAAGAACAAUUAGGCUUCAAAUCUAAACAGAAGGACUGAGGGAUACCCAGACCAGCAAGUUUUACAUAAUCUUACCUACCCACUAGAGUAGAUUUGUCUGUAUGUGUCUCAGAGCACUGAUGGCUCUGAGCUGGCUGUGUUUCACUGGAAGACAAAAGUCAUUGGAGAAAACUGAUAGCAAUGAAAUGCUCCAUCUUAGUGGAAGGGCUUUUAAACAAUUGUGCUCAUUAGAACAACAGUAAUCUGGAUUGUACAUGUUUCUGUAAAGAGUCAACCUUUAUCACGUUGAAACAAGCAUUCAAAGGUCCUCUUCCAUUCAGGACAGCCUCAGUUGUGUCUUGCUUCCUGCAUAGAAAGCCUGGCUUCCUCCAGCUCUAUCCAAACCAGCAAUAGGAACAGCCAAGUGCUGCCUGCCACCAGCUGGGCAAUGAUUGUUCUCUUACCUGCACACUGCAUGGGGACUAGCAGAUUUAAACACACAGUUCCCAUUCAACUCAGUUGAAUGAAGCAUCUGAGUGAUUCCCCAGCUGUGACCCCUGGUAAUAGCAUAAGGAGCAGUGCCCCCAAAUGUUUAAGAUCUGUGAUUGUCUCCUAAGGACAGCCAGGACCUGUUCAUACUCACAAGACAGACAGCAAUUACAGGCAGACAGGGGAAUCUUUUUACCUUGCUUAAAUUCCCAGACCCCUAAUAGCUAACAUCUCUCCUUAUGCUCCACAGCAAAUUUAAUCAUUCCUGCAUUAGCUACACUCAGAUCAACUUUUUCACCUUAAAUGGUUCAAAACCAGUCUCAGAUCUGCACAUGAUUAAUAUUGCAACAGACUGCCAUGAAUUCAUCCCAGCUCUGGACAUUGCUACAACUUGCUGCACAGCUGCUUAACACUGACUUCAGCCUCCUUUGCUUUCUUUCCCCUUGUGUUUUCCUCCCAUGUGUCUCCUAUUAAAACCACCAUCAUAAAAUUUGACUAAGUGUGAGAGAGGAGGAAGAGAGCUACUAGCUGCAAACAGUAUCCUUUUAAAACUAUUACACAGUGGUGGCAUUCACCUGGCACCUUCCUAGCUCCCAAAGGUCUCUGUUAGGCUACAACCAAGACCAGGACAAACACAUUUCAGCUCAAAGAGAAAGCAAAGAGCAUCAGAAAUGGAGAGCACAUGCAGCCAGGUUUUAGCUGCUCAUGGAAUUGCAAAUAGAAACACAGCUCCCCCCUUCCAAGAUCUUUUUAAAGUUACUCUCCGUGCCGCUGGGGCUUAACAGUCACAGGACUGAGCCCAGGUGUAUCAGUCAGGUUCUUGUUUAUUCGCCCCUUUUCCCUUCAGCCAAGCCAGACAGGAUCAGCCAAAAAUCAAAGCCGCCGCAGCCACCUGUAGAGAUGUGGGAACCCAUUGGCAUGGGCAAGAUGAAUCCAUUGCAGCAAUCUGAAGCAAAAGAGCCUUAUUAUGAAAUGCAGGGUUCAGAUGGCUUCGGGACCUAAUGCCUGUGAACACAAACCCACUGCCAGCCUGCCAGAAACCAAGUCUGUCAAUUUGUAUUUGAAAGAACAAUUUUAUUGAGAAAACCUGACAUUUUACAUCCUCUUAUUCCUCUGUAUGUUAAUAAAACAUGUUGGUGUUUGAAAGGAAA